AUGCCGCCCCAUGCGCUGCUCUGCGCGCUCUGCUGCGGCCUCUGGGCCGCGGCCGCCCGCGCCGGCUUCCCGGAGGACGGCCGCAGCUGGAGGGCAGGGACUGCCCCCGCGGCCAGCCCUGGCGCCGCGCUCUUCUCUAGCCGGGGCCUGCGGGGUGGUGGAGCCCGCCCUGAGCCCGGCAGCGCGGGGCAGCUGACCCUGGGCGGCUCGGACCCCGGCGCGCGGCCCCGCAUCGCCUGCCUGCAGCCUGUGAGGCCCGUGGCGGGCGUGCAGGUCUUCGCUGAGCGGGCGGGCGGCGCCCUGGAGCUGCUGCUGACUGCGCCCGGUCCGGGCCGAUGCGUGCGCUGGGGUCCUCGCGAGCGUGGGGCCCCCUUCCUGCAGGCCACCCCGCACCGCGACAUCAGCCGCCGCGUGGCCUCCUUCCGCUUGGAGCUGCGCGAGGACUGGCGUCCAGAGCUGCCUCCGCAGGCCCACAGUCUGGGCGCGGAUGGUGAGUGCCUGCAGGCCCGUGCCUGCAGGCCCGGUAAUGACACCCAGCUGCUCCUGGCCUUGUGCACUAGCGACUUUGUGAUCCAUGGGACCAUCCACAGGAUUGCCCACGACACAGAGCUGCAGGAGUCUGUUAUCACUGUGGCAGCUGUCCGUGUCCUCCGCCAGACACUGCCGCUGUUCCAGGCAGGGGACUCUGGGGGCCCGGUGCAGGCCUCCAUUCGCACCCCACUGCGCUGUGGUGUCUGCUCUGGCCCUGGCACUUUCCUCUUCAUGGGCUGGAGCCAUUUUGGUGUGGCCUGGCUUGGCUGUGCACCCCGCUUUCAGGAAUUCAGCCGUGCCUAUGCAGCUGCCCAUACCAACCACCUCUGCCCCUUUGAAGUGGCGCUGGACUGA